UGACCCCAUGUAUGGCCCUAAUGUAGGUCACAUGAGGUAACUAUUCCAUACAUGGAUGGUCUGGGACAAAAAUAUUCGGCGAACCCAGUGGCACUUGAAAGCAUACCCAAGUGACACAGGGGGAGAAGAGGGUAAGAUCGGAAGAGACCCAGCCCGUGCGGCAUCUCAUGUGUUUUCCUUCUUCUCCCUGCCUUUCACCAUCGGCCAUUGUUCAAAGGUCACCAAAGUAGCCUAAAGUCAUCGUCUCAAAACUCAAGUGUGUCCCCGUGCCCCCGCAUGAUUUGGCAGUGGGUAGCCUAUAGUAUCUUGGGCUUUCAUGUCAAAAAAAAUAAGCUUGGAAAGAUGUACUGAUAGUCGACUUCCUUUCGAAAGGGCCAUUUGCAUGGGUAGAACCUUGCAAAGUCUAUUUGGCUCCCGCAGCCUUUGCGCAGCAACACAUACAUCAAAAGUCACUUGAACAACAUACCCUCAGGUCUACGUGCGGUGAGUGCAUCUCACGAUCAACGGCUGAAGGGUAUCAAACAAAGGAAGCAUUUCGCCAUGCCGUCCAUGUAUCUUGCUUGGCUAUCUUUGGUGACGGUCGUUGCAGGUGAGGCUGCACUGCGUGGGAGCAACCUCACCGCAGUUCCUUCGCCUUCAGGCAACCGAUCCGCCGCCAGCAGCGCACCGAUCCGCCGGGCGCGGAACUUUUGGAACACCAGCGCCUUCGCCGAACUGCAGCGGCGGAACGCGACCCCCGUGACCCCCGUGACGGUGCAGAACCCGGAGGAAAUCCAGGUCGUGAAGCAGACGGUGCAGGUGCUGCAGAGCUCCAGGAGUUCGGAAGGCACUGAGAAGCCGAACUUGAGCUUGCCAGUGCUGAACUUGACCCUGCGCAGCGCAGCGCCCGUGGAGCGCAGCGAGCGCAGCUCCGUAGCGGGUGAAGCGGAGUGGUUUCUUGGAGCUGCAUGGGUGAGAGGCAGGAGAGGAGCAUGGCUGGAAGAAAAACGUGCAGGUGGAAGGUGCAAGGGCAACUGGUGCCACCGCCGCCGCCAGAGCCAUGGCCAGGGCGACCGGCGGCGCCACGCCCGGCGGCGGCAGCCUGGGGACUCGCGGAGGAGGCGCAGCCGCCGUCGUUGGGAAGCUCCUCGGAGGAGGGCCAGCUACCAGUGGAGCCCCCCUCGUCGCCGCCGGCAAGCGGCGCCGGCGCCCGCGCCGAACGCGCCAGCAGCACCGUGGGUGGGACCCAUCCCAGUCAGCCCCACUGGAGGUUGCAAAAGUUCUCGCAUUCCUUUGGACAGCAAGUGCAAGGGCUGCCCUCCCAAAAAGGAUGGCAAGCUUUGUGCCAGCACCACCUGGUACGAGGACACCACCCGCGGCUCCUGUGGUUGUGGUGGCCGUGGCCAUGUGGAACACGACUAUUGGACCUUGACGGAGUACACCGCUGCCAUGAACUGUGCCAACUUGGACACAGAUCCUGCGAAGAGCUGGUGCCCCGUGAACUGCGGACAGUGCUACAAGCUUUGCACCACGGGUGGCGCGACUCAGGGACGGAGCCCCAAGCCAGGCGUUUGCCGUAUCUUCAAGAUCACCAACCGCUGUGGUGACGGCUAUGAUGACCACACACCUGACUGGUGCAGCCAGCAUAUGUCCUGGCAAGACUGUUCCAAGAACCCCAGCAAAUGCAAGCAGCGCGGCAGUACCAACCAGUUUGGCUAUCCUGCGCACUUCGACUUACAGGAUUACCAUCGACAGAUCACGAGCAAUACCACGGGCCUAGAUUGGGACAACGCAGAAGUGACCUUCGAGUUGGUGUCCUGCAGUCAAUGGACGGGACCAAAACAGGUGCAAUGCACUGGCUGCAGCAGGUGAACUAUACCUCUGACUGACUUUUGCCUUGUAAUGAUUCCACUGGAAGCAGCUGGAUGAUCUGUGACUGGAAGUGUU